AUGCAAGCUAGGCAGAGUAGCUAUACGUCACCGCGUAAUGAUGAAAGUUCGCCUGUUGCCAUUAUUAAUCACAAACUCGAACAACAAAAACUCGACGAACAAUUAUUAAAUACUCCUGUCGCUUCUGCUGCGACAAGAACUAUUUCAUCUUGUUCUCCGCAUUUGACAGUAUUAACAACUUCAUCGACGACCGCUCAUUUCACUUUUAAUAUAACAACAACAACAGCUACAUUAAAUAAUCGAGAUUCUUUCAUAACUACUUCGACAUCAUCCAUCUGUUUAAAACCAAAGAUGCCCAACAUCAAAGUAUUCGGUGGAUCAUCACAUCCAGAUUUAACAAAAUUGAUAUGUUCUCGGUUAGGCUUGGAACCGGGAAGCGUAAUAACAAAAAAAUUUAGUAAUAGAGAAACAAGUGUUGAAAUCAAUGAAUCGGUUCGUGGUGAAGAUGUGUUCAUUGUUCAAAGUGGAUGUGGUGAAAUCAAUGAUAAUUUAAUGGAACUACUAAUUAUGAUAAAUGCUUGUAAAAUAGCAUCAGCAUCGAGAGUAACAGCUGUGAUACCAUGUUUCCCAUAUGCUAGACAAGAUAGAAAAGAUAAAAGUCGUGCUCCAAUUUCAGCUAAAUUAGUUGCAAAUAUGCUAAGUGUAUCCGGUGCUGAUCAUAUCAUAACAAUGGAUUUACAUGCAUCACAAAUUCAGGGUUUUUUUGAUAUACCUGUUGAUAAUUUGUUUGCUGAGCCAGGCAAGAAGUACAAAAGAAUUUAUUCUAUUGAAACUAGUAACUUAUUCUACUUUUUAGCUGUUAUUAGAUGGAUAUUGUUAAAAAUUCCAGAUUAUAAAAAUGCUGUUAUUGUUAGUCCAGAUGCUGGAGGUGCAAAACGUGUAACAUCGAUAGCCGAUCGUUUAAAUAUUGAUUUUGCCUUGAUUCAUAAAGAACGUAAACGAGCAAGUGAAAUUGAUUCAAUGGUACUUGUGGGUGAUGUUAAAAAUAAAAUUGCUAUACUUGUUGAUGAUAUGGCUGAUACAUGUGGAACAUUUGAAUGUGCUUCACAAAAACUGUUAAAUGCAGGAGCAAGUAAAAUAUAUGCCAUAUGCACACAUGGAAUAUUUAGUGGCCCAGCUAUUAGCCGUAUUAAUAAUUCACCAUUCGAAGCUGUUGUUGUUACUAAUACAAUUCCACAGGAUGAAAAUAUGAAAAAUUCAGCUAAAGUACAGGUAAGGAGAGUAAUUGACGUGUCGAUGAUGUUUUCUGAAGCAAUACGUCGUACUCAUAACGGUGAAUCUGUUUCUUAUCUGUUCACACAAAUGCCUUUAUAA